CCUAGAACUGCUGGUCUAAUCCCGAACUUUUGCCUGAAUUCAAGAAAAAGGAAUUUAUAGAUUCUUACGUUAGAUUCUAGAGUUAACAGCCAUCACCGGGAGCAGGAAUCCUUCACAAGGAGUUGGUACCGGACGGAAACAAAGGAAGAUAAUCAAGUCAACGUUAGAAGGAAGCAGACUGCUAUAAUGUCGGAAGCAUCUGUUAGCCUGUGGUUGAAGUAUGAUACAUUCAACAUAGGCAUUUUGCCUGUAUCUCCUCAUCCUAAACUUAGCCUACAUUAUCUCAAGAAGAUAGCACUGUAUGCUAAAAAUAAAGGAAAGACUGGCUACCCAAGACUAGCUUAUUCAACAUGGAAGCACAUUGCUUGCAACAAACUAGGAAUGUUAGAGGAUCUGGCAUGGAUGUACUUUGAAGGCUUUGAUAUGCUGUGUGAUUACAGCCCAGAAGAGAGACAACAACAAAGGCAAGAUGCAGUUCACCAUACCAAAAAUAUAGAUGUUUGGAGGAAUGGUCAAAGCGUUGAUACACUGCAGUUCCUCCUGUAUCUGUAUCUCCAACAGCUUCACAAGAUAUCACUGAGAUCAUCGUUAGUAUCUGGUGAAGAAUGGCCAUCUCGAUCACGAUCACCUGACAUUGAUGGUAGGACUUCACCAGGACCUUCCUCUACCAAGAGUGUUGAUGAGAGCAACCAGCUGGUGUUUGUAUUGAAUCAUCUCAGUGAUAUCUUGGGACUCCUAGCUGAAGCAGACUCCUACUCAAGUACAGCCAAUGAUGUUCUUCUCUCUGUUCAAUCUGUAGAGGCUCUAGGAUUUCUCUUUGAAGGUUCUGUCAGCAAACACAAGAAUGUUCAGGUUGUUCAUCAAAUUGCAUUGCACCAGCAAAUACAGGCUAAAAGUGGAUAUUCUAAGAUCACUCAAGCCUUUUCUUUCAAGACAUUUGAAUCUUGGUUGAGGAGUAGUCUUAGUAACAGCCCUUUUGGUGUCACAGGCUGUAUAUCAAGUGGACAUAGACUACAAUGGUCAUCAGGUGAAGAUGGAGCCAAGAGGGGUAGAGUGGCAACCAACUGCAAUAAAGCUCCUAAAAGUUCACAGUUGGUCAUUCUUUCACAAAUCUCAAAGCAAACAUUAGCCAAGAGUUCUCAGAUUCUUGUUGAUUCUCGUAUCAAGAUUCAUCGCUGUCACUAUGCAUUCAUUUAUCUGCUUUCUCCAGUCAGAGCUGUUAGCAUAGAGAAAUGUCGUCAUACAACAGUUGUUAUCGGUGCAGUUGAAACCACUCUACACCUUGUAGGAUGUGAACAUGUAACUGUCAUAGCAGCAGCAGGGAGAUUCUCAGUCAGUGGUUCAACAUUAUGCACUCUUCACAUGUUAACUCCAACCAGACCCUUACUCCUAGGAGGUAAUGAUAGUAUUACUAUAGCUCCAUAUCACACACACUAUGCCAUGUUACAUCAACAUAUGACUGCUGUAGGAUUAGCAGAGAAACCAAAUCAAUGGAACAAUCCAAUUUGUGUUGGCCCUGAUCACGCCGAUGAGAAUCCUGUUCACAAGACUAUGUCACCUAAAGAAUUCUUCACAUUUGUCAUUCCAUUUGAUAUGGAUGGAAUAACUGCAGAGAUUCCCGGUGGUCUUCCCUCGAGGUAUGAACGUGCUUUGGUGGACAGAGAAGGUCAGAUUAACAAUUGGCAACAAGCGGUCAAAGAUGCUGGACUCAAUACUGACCAGAAGAAACAAUUCCAAGCUCUUGUGGAAAACAAGUUUCAGAUAUGGUUAGCAGAAACUGGGCACAAGAGGGAGCUAGAUGGCUUAGUUCCAAGUGGUGGCUCUCCUACAAAAUAGGUCUACUUCUAUGUUUCUUUCUCUACCGUCCAGUUGUACUUAUUGUCGUAUCUUAUUUAUGAAAACCUUGAAAUCUUUACUGCAAUAUUUGUGUGUGUGUGUUUUUAUGAACAGUAGCUGUUGUAAAAAUCUUAGGAAUGAAACUUUUUUGUGCGUGUUUGGUAGUUUUAUUUUAUCUUUUUUUUAAUGCUGUGCAACUCUGAUAAAACUUGCAAUUUCUAGAAUAUUUGUGAUCCCUUUUUACAGAACAUUGAGUAUAUAGACACUGAUCAUCUGGGGUUAGGAGUAAAUGAAAUUGAAUAGUUGUAAAUCAAAGAGAACGAAAAUAAUUAUGGAGCCUAAUUUAAUAGUUCUUUACACCUAUCAUAUAGGUGACAUGUUAUAAAAGAUUCUAGAUCAUUCCCUCAUCUCAAUACUUGUUUCCUACGACUUAUUGAGACAUAUCUUAAGACCAAGCUGUUUCUUUACUUUCAAAGCCUUUGCCUUAACUCAAAGACGAAUUCCCCUAACAAAUUGACCAUCAUUAAUGGCAGAUUGGAAUUGGAUGAUAAUUUUCACACAAAGUGAAAUGAAAAUCAAUGUCUCUAUCAUCCUCUUCUGUUGUAGAGAUAUUGAUAUUGGGGAUUCCCCUUGAAGUCUUUUUUUCAGAUCACCCAUGUUUAUCGUGCUUUGCUGGAUCAUUUUAUGUUUACAGCUGUAAACAUGUCUCAAGUGGGCAGUAUUUUAUAAGACCUCCUUUUUGGAGUGAGGAGUUAUUGAUUUUUUGGUAGACUUUAUUUCUAAUUUCUCUACCAAGCAUGACUAUGUUUUCUGAUUUUAGUGACUACCCACGUCGGUAUUUUUAGCCAGUCACAAGUUGCUGAUGAAUCUGUGUAUUAUGUUCAUAUUAAAGGUUUCUUAUUGCUUGCUUGUCAUUACCUGCACACACAUUGCACUCAGUAGUUGAACCUUUACUAUACACUUUAAAGUGAAAUAUAAAUAAAUCUCCAUCUUCAGUCCCCCUUUUAUUACAAGUUUAUCUUGAUUUUGAUGAUCAAUCAAUAGUUGGUGUUCUAUAGAAUCAUGAU